AUGACAACCGGAUUUCUACGUGUCAAAGGCGACACGAUCGUCAACGACAAUGGAGAGGGAGUAGUCCUACGAGGAGCUGCUCUGGGAGGAUGGAUGAACAUGGAGAACUUCAUUACAGGCUUCCCAGGCCACGAAGCCCAGCACCGCGCCGCAAUGCUCCGAGCCCUAGGACCAGAGAAAUACGAAUUCUUCUUCGACAAAUGGCUCGAAUAUUUCUUCACCGAGGCAGACGCCCAGUUCUUUGCCGGGCUAGGACUAAACUGUCUCCGACUUCCAUUCAACUAUCGUCAUUUCGAAGAUGAUAUGAACCCGCGCUCAUUGAAGGAAUCAGGGUUCAAGCACUUGGAUCGAGUAGUGAACCUGUGCGCAGAACAAGGCAUCUAUACCAUCCUAGAUAUGCACGCCGUCCCAGGCGGCCAGAAUCCAGACUGGCAUUCCGAUAAUCCAACCGGCUAUGCCGCUUUCUGGGAUUAUAAGGAUCAUCAAGACCGAACUGUCUGGCUUUGGGAACAGAUUGCCGCUCGAUAUAGGGAUAACCCUUGGGUUGCUGGGUAUAAUCCGCUGAAUGAGCCCUGUGACCCUGAGCAUGUUCGAUUGCCUGCUUUCUAUGCGCGUAUUGAGAAGGCCAUUCGAGCGAUUGAUGGAAAUCAUAUCCUUUGGUUGGAUGGUAAUACGUUUGCGAUGGAGUGGAAGGGUUUUGAUUCGGUUUUGCCGAAUUGUGUUUAUGCCAUGCAUGAUUAUUCGUCUGAUGCCAUUGUUAAGUCCAUGGGGUUCCCUACUGGUGACCGUUACAAAGGAACAGCCGAUCAGAAGGCCUACCUCGAGCGGUCAUACCAGCGCAAAGCACAAUUUAUGACCGAGAAAAAGACACCAGUCUGGAAUGGAGAAUUCGGACCCGUCUACGCAGACCAAACCAUUGACGUUGACGCCGAAAUCGUCAACCAAGAGCGAUAUGAUCUCCUCGGUGAUCAGCUGCGCAUCUACGACAAGUACAACAUUAGCUGGUCAAUCUGGCUAUACAAGGACAUCGGGCUGCAAGGCAUGAUCUACACCAAUCCAGAAAGCAGAUGGAACAAGACCCUCAAGCCAUUCCUCGAUAAGAAGAGGGAUUUCUGGCUUGAUAAAUGGGGCCGACGACCUGCUCCUGCUCCUGAGGCUGCUUUGAGGCCUUUGGUUGAUUGGAUUGAUAGUGUUAGUCCUACGGCUAAGGAUACUUAUCCUACCUCGUGGAACACUGAAAUGCAUGUUAUGCGUAAUGUGUUCAAUACCUUUUUGGCGGCUUCUUUUGUGGAUGAGUUUGCCGCGCUGUUUCGGGGAAUGAGUGAGAAGGAUCUAGAAGAGUUGGCUUGGAGUUUCCACUUUGACGUUUGUGUUCAGCGCGAGGGAUUAAAUCGUAUUCUGAGGGAUCAUGCACAUGCGUCUGGUUAG